AUGCCGUUCUUUGUACACGGAAAUGCAUUAGACUUCAUCGCUGAAAAUCCCGCGACCAGCAUUCUAAGCUUGCUACAAGACGUUACAUCUGGUCUUCAGUACAUGCACGGAUUAGAUCCACCAAUUGCCCACGGCACUCUAAGAGCAUCGAACAUCCUCAUCUCAAACGAGGGGAAGGCAUGCAUUACGGAUCCAUGCAUAAACAUGCUGCCAUUGCCUCCAUUCUGGACGAUCGAAAAUGCUGUAUACUCAAGGUGGUUAGCCCCUGAGAUCCUCACAACGGGGGCGGACGAGUUGCCCCUUGCCAGCCCAGAGGGCGACGUUUAUAGCUUCAGUAUGACCGCAGUCGAGGUUAGUUGA